GGCUCACGAAAGAACACCGCAAUAUUGCCACCAAGAUAAGCCUGCCGUUUUUUUUUCAAGCUACAGUAGCGCACACGUGUUCAUGCGAUUUGAGAAGUCGAACUCGAAGUUCCUCUUUUUUACUUUCCUGGUGGUCGUUUAUUCUGGAUGCUGCAUCUAGUGAUCGUCAUCGUGGUACAAGAAUUUCAUUCACGGCGAGUAGCAAGGAUCUAUGUUCUCUGGUGUUCACCUCGAAGAAGAAAAUGAAAUGCAAUGUUUAAAGUCCCUAUCAUAUGUAAAAAAUUUCCCAGAGUACUAUAUCGCCAUGACCACUAUCACACGAUACGAGACCUCCGCCGUGGUAUUGCCUCGUUGACUAGUGCCGACGAGGAUCAUGGGCCGAAACGACAACUCCUGCGUUGCACGACCCUUUUGGCCCAGCUAGACACUGCAAGCGAAAAGGCUGCAUCCCCGAGCCGGUGCUUACACGUCGUCCGCAAAUGGGCGCAAGAGGUUCUGGCGCACCUCCAACAUCGAACAGCUGAAGAAACUUUUUCUGCACAAGAUUGUGUCCUGUCGCUAUUUUUCCUGUCACAGAGGUUUGAAAUACUUGUCCCUCAAGGUCUAUGUGCCGGCACUUAUCCUCCUGCAUCUGGUACCAAGGUGAGGCCGCGUGGAAGCCUACUUCAGCAAUCAUCUGUUUUGCUGCAUUUUCGGACAACGAACAGUAAAAGCACGAGAUUCAACAUAUCUAGGCCUGCCAGCACAAGCGUACCCGGUCCGAGCUGGCCGAUAGGAUAUCGGAACUCCAAUGCACUAGCAGCCGACAUCAAGAGCAACUUCGUUUUGGAGCUACCGCCAACGGUCUGGAACGUCGUAUCACAGACACCUUUGCGAUCCCACUUGGAGGCUCAGGAGCUCAACCUCAGGCAACUGGCACUUCUAUGCUAUUCGUGGGCUCGGCUGAGAUACGCGCCUGACUCUACGGUGUGGAAACUUUGGACUGCUUCCACCGAAAAUGCAUUUCUCAAACCAGACUGCUUUGAAAGUGAGGAUGAGAAAACACUAUGUAGACAGCAUGCGCGCUGCCCUACUACUCAAAGGAAGAUCACUGGACCCCAUGGCGGCAUAUGUGGUACCAGAACUUCUCAUGUGCUUGUCAAGAUGAUGCUCGGGCUCGGUGGCCUGCUGCAAAUGGAAGCUAUCGCAGUACGAAGAGCAACGAAAUUUUUCAGCCCCAGAAGCGCUCGCAGCCUCUGUGGACAGGCGCUUCAGGCGUUCGGCAGCACUGGCGUGGGACGUCCGACUUGUGCCACGACCCCGGUUGACGUUGCGUACGUUAUCACUGCGAGUUUUCUGCGCGACAGCCUGUUUCCUCACAUACAAGCACUAUUGCCGAGCUUGUCGCGCACUGAACUAGCGAUGAUCGUUUAUAAUGUGAAAGCGUUUCUGCCCGAAAGUUUUUGGGAGGCGCUUUCCGAAAAUAUCGAUUUGCCGUUGGACGACUUCCUUGAUUCGAAGGAAGCGGACGGGAAGCACUCCAGUCUAUUUCCGCCAACUUUCUUCGACGAUCUGGUUUAUGCGACACUGAACGAGGUGGAGCGACCAGAAGGCGACACAGAUGAAAAAGCGCACAGCUCCGCCGGCGUCUUUGUUUCUGUGGCGAAAUUGGCCGUACAGGGAACAACCAGAAUAGGAAGCGCCGCUCUUUUGCAAUUAGUCCGGAGUGUGAGCAGUAGAAUUUCUGCCGGGGAGUUUCGAGAUCUUACACUCGACGCUCGUACUGGUCGGAAGGCACUGAAAGGCAGAUCUUGUCCUCAAGUUAUAUCUCAUUGCGCGCAGGGCGCCGCAGACAUAUAUUUGUAUUGCUUGGACCAAAAGAUAAAGGACUCUGAAAGUACAACUAGCCUGGAGGCCCACAACAUAAUUUUUUACGAUCGAGCGCGGAAGUUGUAGACAGCCCGAACAAAAACAAUCCUUCACUUCGCCG